AUGUUGUCUGAAAAAAAGCAGAAAAGUGCAGCUGCUCGUGGUCUUGAUGCUUAUAAAGUAAAUUUAAUGAAACAAGCGGAAAAAAUUGUACUAGAAGAAUUCCCGAAGAAGGUACUGGAGUUUAAUAACCUACUUGAGGACGAGCAGUUCUCGUAUGAGCGACUUCCAGAAGUUUUGCCGAAUAUUGAUUUAGGGAUUCCAUACUCAGAACAACUAACUGAGUUUCAGAAUGACUCAACUGAACAUGAAAAUGAUGAUAGGAUUCUGAAAAAAAAGAGGAAAAUUGAUGCCAAUAUUCAACCUUUUCAUGGCACUUCAGUCUAUGGUUUUAUAAGCGGAACUGUUAAAUGUAACGAAAAGCUUGCUGGUCUCACCGAUAUCACACGGCCUUUACUUCGUGAUUCAGUUGAAGCGGUCAACAAGGUAAAAAUGUGGAUCUUGUUUUUGAUUCCACGUAUUGAAGAUGGCAACAAUUUUGGUGUAUCUAUACAGGAAGAAACUCUGAGUGAGGUGCGUACUGUAGAAGCUGAAGCAGCAUCAUUUCUUGACCAGAUGUCUCGGUAUUUCGUUAGCCGUGCUCGUCUGGUAACUAAAGUAGCCAAGUAUCCACAUGUUGAAGAUUAUCGUCGAGCCAUUUUGGAUAUGGAUGAAAAGCAGUUCAUCAAUAUUCGUCUUGUACUAACUGAAAUGCGCAAUCACUUUGCUACAUUGCAUGAUAUGAUUACAAAAAAUUUCGAGAAAAUCAAAAUGCCAAGAAAUAACAAUGCGGAGCAUAUGUAUUAA